GUGUGUGUGUGUGUGUGCCACCAGCCUUCAUAUUACUCUGACGUGAGAUGGAAACUCUCAGAAGAGCAAGAAGUCAAGCAGACACAACCAAUAACAACAACAACAAAAUAACAACAAAAACAACAACAAAACAAGCAGACAAAAAAGAAACCAGCUCAAGAUAAAGAGAAAGAGAGAGAGACAGGUAAAGAGAGAGGUAGAGAGAGGUAGAGAGAGAGAGAGAGGGAGAGAUGAGGACCUUCCAGACCCAGAGCCAGGCAGCGCAGCGCGGAGCCUCCAGCAGCAGCGUGAGCCCCCUCAGCGCGGCCAGCGUCGCCCUCACAGCUCUGCUCAUCCUCACCGUCCCAGUCUGCAAAAGUGCUCCAGCAGAACCUCCGCGAGCCACAACAGAUCAGAGGCAGCUCCUCAGCCGGAUAGACGCCGUGUGCUCGUCCUACCUCUCUGCAGACCUGAAGUUUUGGGUGAGCAGGACAUCUGAUAUUUUAGGGGAACUCUGUGUCUCAAUGCUGGUUCAGAAGUCAAAGGACCUGGCAGGGCAGGAAAACAAUAAAAGGACUCCAAUGUCGCACCCUCUCCUGCAUCUCGUUUCCCAACUGCACACCAGAAGAGAGAGAGGACUCUCCACGCGCGUAUGUACCCCCCACGGUGAACUCCCGGGACCUGGAGGGAUCCAGAGCAGAGGUUACUUCCUCUAUCGGCCAAGAAAUGGAAGACGGUUCCUAGAAUAUGAGUAGAUGAAAGACCCGAGCCGCUGCACAACGACCCAGCGAGCCGCUGCUGUACAGUGACGUCUGAAUACUCGAAGAAGAAUAAGAUCCAAACGUUAUUCCUCUGUCCAGGUUUUAUUUUGUGUCAUGUGACGUGUGUGUGUGUCAUUUGCAUUAAAACUGCUACAACGUG